AUGGGCACGGGCGGCCCCCGGCGGGGCGAGGGCCCCCCCGACGGCGGCUGGGGCUGGGCGGUGCUGGGCGCCUGCUUCGUGGUCACCGGCUUCGCCUACGGCUUCCCCAAGGCCGUGAGCGUCUUCUUCCGCGCGCUCAUGCGCGACUUCGGCGCGGGCUACAGCGAGGCGGCCUGGGUGUCCUCCAUCAUGCUCGCCAUGCUCUACGGCACCGGCCCGGUGUCCAGCGUCCUCGUGGCCCGUUUCGGCUGCCGCCCGGUGAUGCUGGUGGGCGGGCUGCUGGCCUCGGCGGGCAUGGUCCUGGCUUCCUUCGCCCGGCGCCUCCUGGAGCUCUACCUGUCGGCGGGGGUGCUCACAGGCCUGGGCCUGGCCCUCAACUUCCAGCCGUCGCUCAUCAUGCUGGGGCGGUACUUCGACCGGCGGCGGCCGCUGGCCAACGGGCUGGCGGCGGCGGGCAGCCCCGUGUUCCUGGCGGCGCUGUCGCCGCUGGGCCAGCAGCUGCUGGAGCGCUUCGGCUGGCGCGGCGGCUUCCUGCUGCUGGGCGGCCUCCUGCUGCACUGCUGCGCGUGCGGCGCCCUCAUGCGGCCGCCGGGGCCCGGCCCUCGGCGCGGGGGCAGCGCCCGGGAGGCGCGGGCGGAGGCGGCCCGCCAGGGGCUGAGCCCGAGCGCGGAGCCCGCCGGCCCGGCCCGCCGCCGCCUGCUGGACGUGGCCGUGUGCGCCGACCGCGCCUUCGCCGUGUACGCCGUCACCAAGUUCCUGAUGGCGCUGGGGCUCUUCGUGCCCGCCAUCCUGCUGGUGAACUACGCCAAGGACGCGGGCGUGCCCGACGCGGACGCCGCCUUCCUGCUCUCCAUCGUGGGCUUCGUGGACAUCGUGGCGCGGCCGGCGUGCGGGGCCCUGGCCGGCCUGGCGCGCCUGCGGCCGCACGUGGCCGACCUCUUCAGCCUGGCCCUGCUGGCCAACGGGCUCACCGACCUGAGCAGCGCGCGCGCGCGCUCCUACGGCGCCCUGGUCGCCUUCUGCGUGGCGUUCGGCCUCUCCUACGGCAUGGUGGGGGCGCUGCAGUUCGAGGUGCUCAUGGCGGCCGUGGGCGCGCCCCGCUUCCCCAGCGCGCUGGGCCUGGUGCUGCUCAUCGAGGCCGUGGCUGUGCUCAUCGGACCGCCUUCUGCGGGCCACCUGGUGGACGCGCUGAAGAGCUACGAGGUCAUCUUCUACCUGGCGGGCUCCGAGGUGGUCCUGGCCGGGCUCUUCAUGGCUGUGGCCACCAACUGCUGCCUGCGCCGCGCUCAGGACGCCCCGCCCCGCCCCGGCACCGAGGGCGGGGCCAGCGACUGGGAGGACGCUGAGGCUGAAGGGGACUCCGAGCCGCUGCCCACCCCGGAGCCCAGUGUCCCUGAGGCUCUGGAGUUGCUCAGCCCUGGGGCUGGGCCCUCAGCACCCGAGGUGGAGGCAGAGCCAGGGCUGGACCGGGAGUCUGUGUAGCGCAGAGGCGUGGGGUGGAGAGCUAGUGACUGCAGACACAGGGCUUCCCUGGCUGAGGGAGGCUGCUCAGGGUGGUCACCCCUGGGUGCCAGGUGCGAGCUUCCUCCCUGUCUGCCCCGCGAGCCAUGGCCGGCCCUGCCCCCGCUCAGUGAAGCUGCUGAGCCCAAAAUGGGCCUGAGCGCUGUGAAACUCAAGUUCAUAAAGCUCAGCCCAAAGACAGUUCUGUUCCUGCGCCUCCGCUGUGGCUGUGGCUCUGGCUUCCACCUGGGGAGGGGCGGGUAGGAUGGGGCAGAGAUGGGGGAAGGGUGGGGAAGGUGAUCCCAGACUGAGGGCUGGGGUGGGCCUGGCCCUGGGCUCCCACCAGCCCCAGCCCUGCCCACUGGCAGCACCUGCCACUGGAGGGUGGGGGCUGCUUGUGGAGGGGGACCCAGAACCUCUGAGAAAGAGCAGCGUCGAGGACGGGGUGAGUCCUGGCCCUGAGCCUCCGCUCGGCACUGAGGCUGGCAGCGACCCAUCCUGUGGUCGCCUGGGGCGUGGGGCCAGCACUGCCCUGCUGCCUCCUGCCAGGCGUCCUCCCCUCCCCUUUGAGAGGGCCCCUCUCUCUAGGAUGCAAACUCGGGUGUCCUGGGGCCUUUGCCUCGGACACAGGUCCCUGUGGGCACCAAAGGGCUCUGAGGGCUGCCCCUGGCGCCUGCUUCCCGCAUGGGGCGUCCCGGGAGGUCUCCUGCACCUGCGGUUUCCCCACCCCCACCCCCAAGAACAAUGGUUCCCUCUCAUUUUAACAAACACAGACAGCGACUUGCCAGGCACUGUCCCAAACCCUUAACUGGACUCAUCUAGUCCUCUGAACAGCCCGACAAGGCAGGUGCCAUCAUUAGCCGUAUCAGAGAGGGAAACCAAGGCACAGGGGAGUGAGGGAGACCCCAGCGUCACAGAGGCCGACUGACCCCCGACUGCCAGUUCGUUUGUGCUCUUGGCCUCGCUGGCUGCCCCUUCAAAGGUGGUGCCGUCUGACAGCUCUAGGGACCCACGUGGACCUGGUGACAGCCCGUCCCUCCCUCCUGCUCCCAACCCUGCUGGCCACCCCCUGCAGGUCUCCACCGCGUGGGUCCCUGUCCUGCAGGGGCACUCUGAAAGGGAACAGGGCCGCUAUCAGUAACCAUACUGGCACCGCAGGGGCACUGGCUGUCCAGGUGAGGCAGGACACAUGGCCACCCCGUUUCUACCGCCCGCCCCCCCCCCCCCCAACAAAGACACAGGGUGCUCUGCGCAUCUCCUCUGGGCUCCUCCCAGGGCCUGCAGAAGGGAGCACCUGGUGUGGCCGGGGCACCCUGAACGUGCUCCUGUUUGAGGCCUCAGGGCCUCCUGACCUAGCGUCUGCCCUGCCCAUCCCCAAACAAAGGCUGAGUUCGAGGCAGAGCCCUGAAGGAUCAAGGUGAGGGGGCGGGAUGGGCGCCGCACACCAGCGAGCCUAGGAGGCAGGGGAACCGUCUUUUGGACAGGACAGAUCUGCAUCGAUCCCAGUCUCUGUCCAGUGUGGCCUCAGCAGGAGUCCCCUCUGUGAACGGGGACCGCGGUGCUGCCGGCAGUACUGCUGU